UAUUCCCCAAAUCGUCAACGCCGGACGGAUCGACCACGGACAUCACUCUCAGAAUUGUCAUUACCAACCGCCGCGAUGACCAUCCACAACGGCUUCAGUUUCGACUUGUUCGACCAAUCCGCCCGGAGAACUGUGCUCUUCCAAGACGGAGAACGAUACUGGGCCUACAGACCACUCUACGAUAGAAUGUGCGCCGGACAAGCCCGUGGUACCGUCGCCUUUUCCGAUCUCCGGCCUUUGCCCUGCAGCCUCCGUCGACCACGGCAAGAAGUGCAAGCUCGAAUCCUGCGUCUACCUAGAAGGUGGACAUCAGCGCCAAAGCAACAGCGAGCACCGAGAAACAAGAGCCCGUAAGGAAGAGCUGUGAUCAUGGAGCGAUGCAAGACGAGCAGCCUCUGGGCUGCGCCCAGUGAGUUCUUUGUGGAGUGUGUGAGCUCAUAUACAUGUGCUGAACAUCUUUUCGAGGGAGUCUCUCGCUGAACCCGCCGAAGACGAUGUUCCGAUCGAGCAGGAAUGCUUCUCCAAAGCUUUCUGAUAUCCCAAGGCGAGGCAGCGACUGGAGAGGAGUCGGACAGUGCGCGCAGU